AUGCCUGUUUCCUUUGUUCUCGUCUGCGAUCUUCUGGAGCAGGCAUACAAACAGUGUAAAGCCGGCGAUAAGAAUCUGAAGCAACGCGUAUCCAACUGGUUCACGCUGAACCGCCACCGUAUUGAUGAUCCUGAGACAGAUGCCUCUGCUCUGCUCUCUACUCUCCUCCCAGACAAGCGUACCGAUCGCGUAUACUGCAUCCAGGCCGACACGCUAGCCAACAUCAUUGGUCGCACCUUUGGCCUCGGAACGUCACGUCUCCAAGAAUUGCGUCGAUACAAAGAGGCCGGUCGCGGCGAGGAUCUGGCUGACUGUGUGGAAAGAGUCUUCAAGGAAACGCCUCCGCCCAUUUGCGUCGGAAAAGAUGCUGUAACUGUUGAGGAAAUCGAUUCAACCCUCAACAACCUCGCUGCCUUGUGUAGGUUCAGCUCGCCCGUUGUUCGGGCCUCACAGCCCCAUCCCAGCAACAUCAAUCGGCAAGAACUGCUUGGUCACGUAUACCUUCGCCUACAAGCGCGAGAGGCGAAAUGGCUUACCCGACUGAUACUGAAGAACUUCCAGCCAGUCAUGCUGGAUCCUUCUCAUCUCUAUCACUGUUACGACCCCCUACUACCCAUGAUACUCAGGGUUCAGGACAAUUUUGAUGCGGCCUUGUCUCUCCUCAGAAAGCUGAGGAAAGAGCCCUCAUUCCUCCAUGGCUCAGGAAAUCAGAAGCGGAGAGAUCUAAUGCAGCACUUGACGCCCGUCCUAGGCACCAAGGUCGGAAGGCCAUUCUGGCUUACAGGGCGUAGCAUCAAGCACUGCAUGAAGCUCAUCCAAGGCCGUAUGAGCUGCGAGAAGAAAAUGGAUGGCGAGUAUUGCCAAAUUCACAUAGAUUUGAGCAAGGGGUUCAAAUGCAUCCAAAUCUUUUCCAAGAGUGGCAAGGAUAGCACCAAAGACCGCGCUGCGUUACACGGAGCUAUACGCGACUCUCUCAACAUCGGGAAAUCGAACUGCAAGCUCUCCAAGGGAUGUAUCCUUGAGGGCGAGCUCGUCGUCUACAGUGACUUGGAGAAGAAGAUUAUGCCGUUCCAUAAGAUACGCAAAUACGUUACAAGGUCAGGCAGCUAUCUGAAUACGGAAGCAGACUCGCAGCGCUACGACUAUGAACACUUGAUGAUUGUCUACUUUGACGUUUUACUCAUCGAUGGGGAAUCUCUGUUGGGUACAGGCCAGAACGAGCGUUUUGAGCGACUGACUGAGUUGAUUAACCGCCGAGAGGGUCAUGCCGACCUCGUGGAGCGACAAGUCGUUGACCUCAAUGAUAGACUGGGAGUGCAUUAUCUACGACGAGCCUUUGCUGAGUCCAUCACCGCCCGGGAGGAAGGCCUGGUGCUGAAGCCAGACGACCCCUAUUUCGACUUCAGCGAGAGUCGCCGCUCCUUUGCUGGUUGCCCCAUCAAGCUGAAGAAAGAGUACAUUGGAGGUUUUGGUGAUGUGGGCGACUUUGCUGUGGUUGCAGCGCGGUACGACGCAGACAAGGCAAAGUGCUACGGCAUUCCCAACCUCAAGUGGACACACUUCUACCUCGGUUGCCUCGAGAACAAGGAGGAUGUAGAAAGGUGUCAGGCCCAGCCUGUUUUCACAGUGGUUCACCAGGUGGAACUCAACGAGACCCUCCUCAAGACCGUCUCGACUUACGGAAACCCGAUGCCAGUAUCUUUCGAUGACAACGAUGCCUUGAUCCUUCAUCUCGCACCAGGCAUCGCUCAACAAAAGAUGCCCGCCGUUGUCUUCACCGAACCGCUGGUCUUUGAAGUCCGCUGUUUCUCAUUUGAUAAGGAGGGAAAUACCAACUUCUGGCAGCCCAGGUUUCCUCAAGUGUCAAAGGUUCAUUUUGACCGAUCCUUCAUAGACACAAUCUCUUUCUCCGAAUUGCAGGCCGUGGCUGAAGAAGCAACCACCACCCCGGCCAUGGAAGACAGUCAGGAAAUGCUGGACUGGAUUGCUAAACUGGAAAGAGCGGACCCUCGUGGUAUCCCUGUUGAUGUAGUCAGCCAGGCAGCAGAAAUGGACUUCACCGCUGAAGACAAUACUGCCAGUGAAGCAGCAAACUCGCCGAGGGCCAGCAAAAGGGGUCUAGAAGGGGAAGAUGCAACUCCGCAGAAGCGACCAAGGGUUUCUUCCGAAUCUGGCACCGCCGGUCGAGAGCUGCCUCCGCCAACCCGUCGACCGCUCGGGGAUAUUAGUGCCAAUCAGACUUCUCUCUCUCCUCAGGCGUCCCAGACACGGCCAGCAACAACAAAGCGCAUCGUGAUGGACCAGAAAGCGGCUAGUCCAAACGUUCCUGUCUUACAUGAGCCGGGCAAACCGAUGGCAGGAUCUGCAGCAGAAACACCUGAGCCGCGUCAUCAGAGCGCGGCAUACCCCUCGUCUACACAGGUGAAGCCCAUGUGCCAACACGCAGGCGACAACUGUCUCUUUACAGACACGAUAGUCUUACUCGCGCCCUGUAUCGCACAACAACCCUGGGUCACUGAAAAUCUUCUCCCUCUGCACGGCAUUCACGAAUGGACCGCGGAUCCGCAAGACUGGACAGCAUCCUCCGACAGAAUCGCAUCAUCAUCAUCCCACUCCACAACACCUGCAUCUACAUCGGCCACGAACCGCCCCAGAAGAAAGCGGCCCCGAAAAAUCUGCUUUGUCGAACACAACCGCAGAGAAGGAACAAAGAUCCUGAUGAGACGUCUGGAUAGCAAUCCAGUGUACACGCUGAAUGGCCGGCGCGAGUACGUCGAGGUGUACGACUGGCGUCUUUUGGAAGAUGUCACGGCAUUGGAAAAGGUGCUCAAAGGAUCCAAGCCGUCGAAGGAGCAACCGGAUCCCAAGAGGAAGUGGUGGGUUGGAUUGGCUUAG